CGCCGGCUUGCGCGCGCAGCUCCUGCAGGACCAGCUUCUAGAAGCUCAUUGCGGUGGCGUUGGUCGUGGCUGCGUGUCCUGCGGCAGUUUCUGCAAAGCCAUAAACUGCAUCGUUGGAACCCUUGAUAUUUUGCCGUCUGUAGUGCCUGUUGGUGGACUGUGCUGAUAUUCAACUAGAGUCUAAAGGGGACUGGCUUCCUGCUGGUGACAGACGUUGCAAGCUGUAGUACCCUUGAACGUGAUGACAGCCAUCUCCCCAGACCCUCAAACUCUGGCCUCAAGUGAACAAAACAAGGUCCUAAGAAUGGAGACUCCCGGGAAUCCAGAAGCUGUCCUAAGAGGAGACACUGCUGACCCAGAGUCUUUCAGACAGAGGUUCAGGUGGUUUUGUUACUCAGAAGUGGCUGGACCCAGGAAAGCCCUGAAUCAACUCUGGGAGCUCUGCAUUCAGUGGCUGAGACCAGACAUCCACACGAAAGAACAAAUUUUAGAGCUUUUGGUGUUUGAGCAAUUCCUGACCAUUUUGCCUGGGGAGAUCAGGAUUUGGGUAAAGUCACAGCAUCCUGAGAGUAGUGAGGAAGUGGUGACCCUAAUAGAGGAUUUGACUCAAAUGCUUGAAGAAAAGGAAGAUCCAGUGUCUCAAGAUUCUCUUAAUUCCCAAGAAGAGAACCGUGAAGAAGAUAAAACAGUUUCUGUCCCUUCAAAUACUGAGUCAUGGGAAUCCAUGACAUUGAAGGAUGUGGCUGUGAACUUUUCCAGAGGAGAGUGGAGGAAGCUGGAGCCUUUUCAGAAGGAGCUGUAUAAGGAAGUGCUGCUGGAGAACUGUAGGAACCUAGAGUUUGUGGGCUUUCCAGUUUCCAAAUUAGAUUUGAUUUCCCAGCUAACGUGGGCUGAACUACCAUGGUUGCUGCAAAAAGAAGUCUUAAAAGGCUCCAGAUCAGAGUGUAAACCUAGAGGUGAAUUGAAGGAAUCUGUUCGAAAUCAAGAUGUUCUUAUGGAAGAAUCAACUUUAGAUAAAAUAAUAGAAAGAUACCUAACGGGUGGUGAUUAUGGCUUGAUGGGAGAAUCCUCGAGACGUUAUGGCAGAUUAGAGGAGGAUCGUAGCAGUAAGGAAUAUUCGCAAGUAGCAGUCACACAAAGGAAAACUCACGGGAGAGGCAAAAAGGGUGAGGAAUUUGACCCAGAAAAGAGCUCCUAUGGAAGUAGUUUCAAGCAAACUUCAGACAUAAUUAAACAUCUGAGAGUCUACUUAAGGAAGAAAUCUCGGAGGUAUAAUGAAUGCAAGAAGCCCUUCAGUUUUCAUUCAGACCUUAUUCAGAACCGCAAAGAACACAAUGGAGAAAAGCCACGGAAGUGUAAUGAAGUCAGGAAAGUCUUAAGUCAUUCUUCAUCUCUUACUGAACAUCAGAAACAUCAGAAAAUUCAUUUGGGGGAUAAGUCCCAGAAGUGCAGUAACUGUGGGGUAGCCUUUAUUCAAAGGUCCUCCCUUAGUAGGAAAAAACACUCUACGUGUGAAAAAUGUCGGAAAGAUUUAUGUCAAGACACCACCUUGAAUAAAGAUGAGGGAACUGAGACUGAAGAAAAAACCCAUAAAUGUAGCAAAUGUGGAAAAGCCUUUGGCUACAGUGCCUCACUGACCAAACACAGGAGAAUUCACACUGGGGAGAAACCCUACAUGUGCAAUGAAUGUGGAAAAGCUUUCAGUGACAGCUCAUCACUCACACCACAUCAUAGAACUCAUAGUGGAGAGAAACCCUACAAAUGUGAUGAUUGUGGAAAAGCUUUCACCCUGAGUGCCCAUCUCAUUAAACAUCAGAGAGUUCAUACUGGAGAAAAACCCUAUAAAUGUAAAGAUUGUGGGAGACCCUUUAGUGACAGUUCAUCUCUUAUUCAACAUCAGCGAAUUCAUACUGGAGAGAAACCCUACACAUGUAAUAACUGUGGAAAAUCCUUCAGUCAUAGCUCAUCCCUUUCCAAACAUCAGAGAAUUCAUACUGGAGAGAAACCCUAUAAAUGUGGUGAGUGUGGAAAAGCCUUUAGACAGAAUUCUUGCCUUACCAGACAUCAGAGAAUUCACACUGGAGAAAAACCAUAUUUGUGUAAUGAUUGUGGGAUGACUUUCAGCCAUUUUACAUCUGUCAUUUAUCAUCAGAGACUUCAUUCAGGAGAAAAACCCUACAAAUGUAACCAGUGUGAGAAAGCCUUCCCUACCCAUUCACUCCUUAGUCGUCAUCAGAGAAUUCAUACUGGUGUAAAACCUUAUAAAUGUAAAGAAUGUGGCAAAUCGUUCAGUCAGAGUUCAUCUCUUAAUGAGCAUCAUCGUAUUCACACUGGAGAGAAACCCUAUGAAUGUAACUAUUGUGGAGCGACCUUUAGUCGAAGCUCAAUCCUUGUGGAACACCUGAAAAUUCAUACUGGAAGGAGGGAAUAUGAAUGUAAUGAGUGUGAGAAGACAUUUAAAAGUAAUUCAGGCCUCAUCAGACAUCGGGGAUUUCAUUCUGGAGAGUAAUUCUUGGAAGAUAGUAGGGUGGGGGGAAACUUAGUCAAAAUGGUCCCUUGUUAAAAAUCUGGGAUGUAAACUACCACAGCAUUAAUUAGUAGCUGCAACUUGGAUGGGUUGGCAGCUAGGAAGAAUAUACUUUUUCCCAUUGACCCCUCUUUCAAGGAUGUCAACUUUUAGUAGAUGGUCAUUAGGGUUGAUGAAGUCAUGUGGAAAGUGAAGAAAGUAGUAUGAGAUGAGAAAUGAUUCUGAAAGGCCAAAUGUGAAUUUAAAAAGCAGGGGAGGGGUGCACGGGACCCACCUUAUAACCUCUUUUCUUCAGAUUUCCCUCCCUUCUAGCCUCCUCUUCCACUGCCAUGUAGUGUAAUAGAAAGAGAGCUUGACCCGGGUCAGAUAGCCUGGGUUCUGUCCCAAUUUGCUGACCCACUAGCUUUGU